GGUAGGUUUUUGGUGUUCGUUUAUCCCGCUUGUUAUGGCUGUCCCCCUUAGGAGAGCCAUAACAAACGGCAACAAAAGCACCUUUAGCCUGCCCUUAAAUCUAGUUGAAGUGCAAUCUUCAUCCAACAUUUAACUACGAUCGUCUCGUAGUCUUCCUCAGAUGCUCCACACCCCACGAUCAUCGCUGAAAAAUCGUUUUCACUGCUUGUCCGGCUCAGGAGUAUAGAUCCUCAACAACAGUUGAAGCCAAUAUUUGACAGCCCGCCACAUUAUUGAUCGCGUUGUAUCCGUUGUCUCCUUGAAGUGCGAUUCGAUAUUCUCUGCAAUGUGAUUACGCACGUCACCGAGCUUUGUCGGAAGAACAUGAAAGAGGAUACUUCUAUUCAUCCGGAAGGAGAAGGGACCACGAUGAUAGGAGAGGAGAAGGGACCACGAUGAUCGGAAAGGAGUAGGGACAUAUUUUGCCGACGACCAGUCAUAGAAGCAACAACCCUAAUGCCAUGUCGUGUACGCUCCGUGUUGCAGUCCUUACUUGACUGCCUAAGAAGCCAUAUUACACAAGAACCCAACAACACUAACAAGGAACUACACCAUCUUACAGUAGUACUAGGAGCCUCCACUUUCUUAAUUAUACUUGUGCUUAGUACAACAACGCUAAAAGAAACAACUACGAUUUCAACGCUAAAAAUCACUAGGAACUCUUUUCAUGCAUCCAGUCUCCAUACAUGUCCUGCAACUUUUUGAGCUCCAUGGCCAUCUUCUCCAGAUGCCAGUCGUCUUUAUGUGUCUGCGAAUCUAAUGCGUCGGAUAUUAGAAGAUCAAGAUUGGCUUUUUCGGGUAGAAGUAGACAAAGAAACAAGGUUGCAGAAACAGGGUUAUUUUUAAAACAAGAUCACAAAAACAGGCUUGAUGUAAUGUGUUUCGACUAGCCGGUCAUUAAUCAUGAAGAGGCUAUAAGCUAAAUUAAAUCAACGGCAAAUGAGACAUAAGAAAAGCAACGUCC